AUGUCCAGUAUUGCAGCCAGCGCAAGCGCAGGUCUGAACCCUCUAAGCAUCGACGUGCAGAAUAAGUGGAGCGACGAGCUCAACUUGGCCAAGAACGACAAUGACUCCGGGCGCUUCGCUCGUCUAGAGCAGCUCGAGGCUGCGCACAGAGAGGCUGAAUAUGGUAGAGGGGUGGCACAAGAGCGCGUUAAAGCCAGCGAAAGAGCACGCCAGCGCUUCUGCUUCAUCCAAGUGAGUGCUUCUGUUGAGGGCCGUACUCGCAUUCCCUCCGCUCAUGCAUACUUUCAUGCCGACGAAUCCGCGCAGAUCCAACGUGAUCUCUCCAUUGCUGCAGCUGCCGGGGUGACACUUUCCAACGAGAACGAUGGAUACUGGUUCGAAUCGCAGCACAACAGCGAGCACAGCGAAGUCAACAGCCGGAUGUUUGCCGUGAGUAGGAGCCCACACGCCUCAGUGGACGAACCUUCGGAGUCACAUCCGCCGGAGCUCCACCUACCUCUCAGGUGCUCCUCCAACGAAUCAAAGAUCUUGCUCCAGAGCAGCUGAAAGAAGCUUGUGCUGAUGUUGAAAGGAAAUUCGGCAUCGAGGGUGCGCAAAGAGACUCUGAAGUCCAAGCAGAGACCAACCACAAGAGCAAGACCAGACGAGGCAAGAAGCGUCCUCGCCUUGCAAAAAGCCCAAGUCUAAAGCCGACUCAAGAAUUCCCAGCUUCGGAGGCUGGCGGCCACACCCACGCACAACAGUAUCAAUCACGCAUAGAGCAGACACCAGGAGACUCAAUGGCACGUCCUCUGAAUCUGCAUUCCGUUCACUCUCAGGCAGCACGUAGAACAAGCUCUUGGCGCGCAUCGAAGCUUCGCAGCGGCACUAGCUGGUCUGAAGUUGGUUCUUCUCAAGCGCCUAUCCGCGAUCUUGACUCUUCCUCUGGCUCUUCAGACGUGGCUACUUCGACUCCCAUAUCAAGACGCGUAGCACUCCAAGCGCAGUCAGCGACGUCAGCCCCUCCACGAUCCUACGCCAGCAUGGCUGCCUCGCCACCCGCACUCGAGAAUUCAAUCUUCAAGCAGCAUUUGCAAUCUCCACGAGGCAGCGAUGACCCUUCUUCUCCUCAGUACGGGUCUUCAGUAAGUCAAUCGGUCUCUCAGCUGGCUACAUGCAGUUUUCCUACCGAGCUCAACGUGGACAAGGAUAAGGAUCUUGUGGGCCUGGGUGUACAGAUGGGUAGUGAGUCGUUGAUCAGCCAUCUAGACGACAGUCAGCGAGCCAACUGACCUGUUUUCGUAUUUCUGCUUCCUCGACAAUACUAGAUAUGAGAGCCUGA